AAUCAAAGGCAUGAAAAGGAAGAAGAUAAAAAGAAGGCCUUAGCCUCUCUCCGGCCAUUUCUUCCAUUGAUUGGCUAAUCCUAGCUCCACCUUCUUCUAUAAAAGCUUGUGAUUUUAUCAAACUGUAAUCCUUAAAUGGACGGUGAUGGAGCAUGAAGCACCAACAGCUAGCUGAUACAUGGUACUGCAAUUGACUGUGGAGGGCCUAGCCACAAAACUUAUGCCUUGCCUCAUUCAACAAAAGCUAGAGAAUUAAAAGAUCAAAAGUAGAAAGUGGGAAUAAUUGAGAGUUCUUAUUUUUCAGCUUUACGGGAUUCCUAUUCUCUCUAUAACUGACUUGAAGACACCAGAAAAUAAACAUCCAAUAUCCUGGUUUUUUAUGCUUGUUUGAUUCUUCCUUUUUACUAUCAAUUCUAGAGGAGGUUUGAGUCUCAAGUAGCUGCAUAUACAGAAGGUUUGAGAUUUUUUUUGAAGCCAUAUAGAAUGAAUGAUUGGGCUCCUCCCCUCAUAGCUGCUGCGCUGUUUGCAUUUCUGUCACCAGGGUUAGUCCUGCAAAUCCCUGGGAGAAGCCAAGCCAUCGAUUUUAUGAACAUGAAGACUAGUGUGGCCGCCAUAUUUGUGCAUGCUGUUCUCUAUGCUUUGUUCCUCAUCUUGUUUCUUGUCGUUCUUCAUAUCCACCUCCAUAUCUAAGAAUAAAAGGGUGACUCGGGAAAGUUGUGCAGGCACUCUCUCCAACUUGACAGGAUGAGAUUUUCAUUUUGUACUGUGUUACUUUUUAGUUCUAAUUUGUCGUAUGAUCCCGUGAAAACCUUGCUUUCACUCAUGAAGAAAAAGAGUUGGUAGGGUUCUUUAGCUUCUGUAGUUUUGUUUGAAGUCGUGAAUUUUAAGAAGAAAAGAAAUACUUUGCUUUGAUCAGUGCAGU